GGAAGCGGCGCGCAGGGCCCGCCGCAGGUCCCCGCCGUGAAGGGAAGGGCGCCCGAGGUGCGGCGGCGCGGGCUCCCGGGCUCAGGUGGGGCGUCCCGUCCCGUCCCGUCCCGUCCCGUCCCGUGUCGUCCCGUCCCGCCGAGGGUUUGGCCCUGGCGGCCUCUUGGGCGGAGCGAAGGGCGAGUCUGCCUCGACAGGUCGGACGGGCCGCGCGCGCCCAGAUCCUCUGCACCCCGUCGGGUCUCGGGGUCCGCGCUCCACGGCCAGGAGUCAGCCGGGCCAGGUGUCACAGCGAGGGGGCCGUCCGUGGGACCCCCCCCAGGCUUCUCGGUGGGAUCUCGGGGGUCACCGUCCUGAGGGUCCCGCGUGCCGGACGGGACCUGCAGAGCUGGGUCGCACUGGGCCCGCCCGGGCGCUGGGCGUGGGGUAGGAGGGGCAGAGAUGGGGGCCCGAGGGAUGCUGCGGGGGAGGGGUGCGAGGCAGAGAUCGGGGCCCGAGGGAUGCCGCGGGGAACACAGCAGCGCGGCCCCUGCGCCCUGAGCCGCCCUGUCCGAGGCUGCGGGGGGUGCAUAGCGCCCCAGACCCGGUUAGUCCGGCCACAGCCUGGUCCUUCGCGGAGUUGGGAGAGGAAGAAGGCGCGGGCGCUUUCGGGGACGAACAUCCGCCCCGGGGCCCUCCGCCCCCGCAGGAUCGCAGCGAGGGAGCGAGGUGCUGCGGAAGAGGCGAGCGGCGCGGCUGCCGCGGACGCACGGCUCUGGAGGGAAGCCCCGGCUCCCGCACACCGCCACCAACAUGGCCGCUUUUGGACAUACAUUCCCCUUCUACACCGGCCCCAAGCCAACCUUCCCGAUGGACACCACCCUGGCCGUCAUCCUCGCCGUCUUUCUGACUGCCUUGGUCACCGUUGUCAUCAUCCUGCCUGGCAUUCGGGGCAAGACGAGGCUCUUCUGGCUGCUGCGGGUGGUGACCAGCUUAUUCGUCGGCGCUGUGAUCCUGGCCGUGAACUUCAGCUCUGAGUGGUCAGUGGGCCGGGUCAGCGCCAACACAACCUACAAAGCCUUCAGCCCCGAGCGGAUCCGCGCUGACGUGGGGCUGCAGAUCGGGCUGGGAGGAGUCAACAUCACGCUCACCGGGACCCCAGUGCAGCAGCUGAAUGAGACCAUCGAUUACAACGAGGAGUUCCUGUGGCACCUGGGCAAGGACUACGCCGAGGAGUACGCAAGGGCCCUGAGGAGGGGGCUGCCGGACCCCGUCCUCUACCUGGCUGAGAAGUUCGGCCCGAGCAGCCCGUGUGGCCUGCACAGCCAGUACCGCCUGGCGGGACACUACGCCUCCGCCGUGCUGUGCCACAUGCUGCUGGCCACGGGCAUCUUCCAGCUGCUGGCGCUGUUCUUCUUCGCGGCCACGUCCCUCACGCCACCCUGUCCGCUGCGCCUGGGCGCCGCGGAGCUGCACACCCGGCACGGGCCUGCCUUCUGGGUCACACUGGCCACAGGACUGCUGUGCGUGCUGCUGGGCCUGCUCAUGGCGGUGGCCCACAGGCGGCAGCCCCACAGGCUGAAGGCCUUCUUCAGCCAGAGCUCGGAGGACCCCACCCUCAAGUGGCGGGCUGAGGAGGGGGAGCUCCUGACUCCCCGCUACCGGCCCAUGGCAGAGAGUCCCGAGCCCCAGGACAUUCCUCUGUCGCGGGCUUCCUCAGAGGCCUGCUGUCGGGAGGAGCGCCCCGGAGAGCCCAAGUGCGCCCUGUGAUUCCCCUGUCCCGGCGGGCGGCCCCCUGGGUGGCCCCUUGCAGGUGGCAGGCUGCAGCAGAUCCUCGGCUCCGGGAGUAGGCUGGAGAGUUACAGACAGCCCCGCCUACUGACGCCACCCAGAACAAAGCCGGAAACCCCCCCCCCAACCCCCUUGCUAUAGUGACAGCAAGCCUACCCUUAUUUCUGUCCAGCAGCUGUCUUCCCCAGGUGCUGGGCCUCCUCUGGGCGCCCUGAAAUACCCCCCCCUCACCCGUAAGUCACACUGAGAUUCUCCCACAGACCUCCUCCCUCUGCAGCUCUCCGAAGGGGCGUGUGCGUGUGUGUGUGUGUGUGUGUGUGUGUGUGUGUGUGUGUGUCCACCCUCGGUUUCCACUGGAAGGAGACCACCAGACAUCUCACCCAGCUCCAGCAUUAACCAACCGUGCCACAUCCCGUUUUGGCCCCAGAUAUACUCAGUAAGACUGUAGGAUUUGCCAACGGCCUUUAAGAAAAUAAAGUUCCUAGGUUUAUA